AUGGCCAUGGAGGCCUGCCGGGCGAGGACAAUCAUGCACCCAAUGCGGGUCCGGGUUUCAGAAGAGGCCGCCUACAUCGAGACCACUUUGAAGCCCUAUGUGGAGGAUGCGAUUGCCAGCAUUUGUGCUGACCCUGAGCGGACCAUCGUGGCAUGGUCAGACAUCGACCGCUCUGGCGUGCAGGUGGUGGAGGAAUACCUGAUCAACAACUACUACUUGAUCCGGGAUUUCUACUUGGACCACGCUGAGGUGCCCUUGGCACCUUUGAAUGACUUCAAGGCAGCAUUUUGCAGCCUGGCGCUCUCGCACAACUUCUGGGACCCAAGCUUCUUCCGGGUCAAAGGGAACAAAGGGCAUGUUCGAGAUUGGGCUGGAAGAGAGGCCUGCAGAUUCCGGGCAAUUGCUUCGCAUGGGAUACGGAUCACGUAUCGGACGAGGGCAGCGAGGCAUCCAAAGAUCAAGAUUUUGAAAUCGAUCGUUGCGGACAUGCGGCACGUUCAUGAGCUAAAGCCGGAGCUGAAGGUGCAGGAUUCCGAUGCAUCGUGCGAUGAAGCUGAUGCAAAGUGCCCAAGCCCCAAUGAGGCGGUGGUGGAUGAAGCCAACCUGGCGCAAGAUCCAUAUCAAGAAUUUGAGCUCGAGGACAAGCCCUGCUUUGAUGCAGCAGACGAUGAGCCCCUUCAGGCUGGAGAUCUGCAAGGACCUGGCGCGGACGAUGUGCAGGCAGUGGUAGCCAGUGUGGUGGCGCAAGAGCCGGUGGACUUGGUGAAUGGCACCAAAAAGCCCUAUGCGCGUGGUGCUGCCCUUCGCACAGACCAAAGGGUUGACCUCCCGAAAGCAUUGGUGGGGCCGGCCAUGAAUCAGAACGAAAUGGAGGAGUUCGUCAAGAUUCACGCUGCCCAAGCAGCCCUUCGUGUGGCCAAGAAGGAGGAGGAAGUGAAGGAGAAGAGCGACAAGCUGGAUGCCAGCAAAGAAAAAAAGGCUGCAGCCGAAGCCAAAAAGGCUGCCAUCAAAGCCAAAAAGGAUGCUAGCAAAGCCAAAAAGGAUGCCAAGCAAGAGCAGAAAAGGCAAAAGGCUGAGCUCAAGCUUGCCCAGGCUGUUCCAACGGCUGCAAGCACACAAGCAAAGCGCAAGCAACCGGCAGCAGAGAAACCCGCUGGCGCUAGCAAGAAAACCAAGGCAAAAAAGGCAAAGGUUGAGCCGGAGAAGCCUGCGCCCAAGCCGGACCAGGUCCCAGCCGCACACCCUGCACCGCCAGCAGACAACGCAGCAGCAGCACGGAGGCAACAGGGUGCGGUGGCUGGUUUCCAGGACCUUUCGGAAGCCGUGCAGUCUCUGCCACUCCCUGGCCUCACACUGCCGCAGCAGGGCUUCAACCGGCAGAGCUUUACGGUACCUGCGCCCACCGAUCGACCCGGCACAUGUUCAAUUGGUGUGGUGCUGAACUCAAAGUCCUUCUAUGUCAACAAGAUGGCCAUGCAAUGCGGCCCUGCACGAGUCAACAAGAAAGGUGGGGCCACUCUCCCAUGGGCUUGGUUUGGCAACAUUGCUGAGGCGUGGGAUUGUGCAACGCAGUGUGCUGGGUGGAAAGCUGGCAAUGGUGGCGCUGGCGCUGCUGGCAAUAAUCCUCCAGGUGGACUUCCAGCCCUGACUGAUGGCGCACCAGAUCUCGCCGACUAA